AGCCCACUUUGUGUAAAACCGCAUCUAAAAUGGGUAAUCGGUUUAGCAGACAGAAUGAGGGAGUCGAAGAUAUCGACGUUUCCUCGCAUCCUUACCGUUAUCCUCCGAGUUCAGGUAAAUAUCUUUCGCUGUUUUUUGGGUUUGACAACAUAAGAACGCUUAAGCCUAUGUUUGUUAUGCAUGAGCAUUCCCUUCAAAUGGUUUCUAACCUAAGGAUUUGGUCUGUAGGAAAGAACUUCUUUGCCGAUUAUUUUCUCAUGGGAGGAUCGAAGUUUGAUACCCCACAGCCAGAGGCGUACCUCUUUGGAGAGAACAGUGAUUUGAAUCUACUGAAUCCCAAGCCCGUGACGGUAAGCGAUGUUCAUAGGUACCCGCUUCUAAAGGAAAACUUUUUAAAUGGUAUUUAACAGCUGUUUCUAAGUUAACAUAAGCUGAUAUAAAAUUAUUAAUAACAGUCAUACGAGACACAGCUUUUUGAUGCUCUGUGUAUUUCACACUUAAUAUCACUAUCGUGGCUGAUUCAGUUUAUAAGCUAAAUUUAGAAAGUAGAGCAGAGCGACUUUUCCGCGAGAACAGACUUUGAACACUUAUCUUACUUAGGGUGACAACGACCGCAAUUCACAGUUGUGUGACUUUGAACUCACUCUUGUAUGUUAACGAGUUUUUUAAAGUAUUAGAUAGACACUCUAGUAUGUUAACGAGUUUUUUAAACUAUUAGAUAGACUCCCUACUCCUGAAAAGCAGUGAUUCUCUUUGAAAAGGAUCAAAUUUCUAAUCUUGUUGACGUUUUUUUGUCAGAGGAAAGUAAAUAUAAUGUACAUUUAUGCUUUACAAUGUCUCAGUAAAACAUUCUAAAGGAGAGAACACAUGGUGUUAUUACUAAGGAAAGUUAUUUUUCGUUUAUAAAAUUUUGACAGGAAAGUUUUGUCCUUUAAGCUGGAGUAAAAUAAGAUAGCGUAUGAUGAUGCAAAUUGACUUUAAAUUUCAGGAAUGAAAGCAUUAACUUCACAAAUGCAACAGAGUAUAAUAGUUUUUUUUCUAAGCAUCUCCCGGCAGACCUGACUGCCACACAUUUAAUUUUUCCCUUCUAAAAAUCAUUUACAGCGUUAGUUGUCAUAGAAGAUGUUGUUUUUCAUCAUAAUUACAUGGAUAAAUGAACAUUUAAGUGGUUGUCAUAAUUAAGCUAGCAAAUGGUAUAUUUCAAUAUCUUCUCUGAAAAACACACCAGCUGUUGCAAAUGUUUGGAGCUCAAUUCUUAUUUUAGGAGCAUGUGAUCAUGCUGCCUAUUUUAUCACAGUCCAGUUACUCAAAAUCUUUUUGAUAACCCUGUGAGUUGUUUUUUGAAUUAAUUUUUAGCAUAAAGUUUAAAUAAAUGUUGUGGGUAUGGUAGCAUCAAAGAAGUAUUAACCCUAUCACUCCCUAGAGUGAUCAAGAAAAAAAUUAUCUUUACAAUAUCAAUAUAAAAUCAAGCAGACAAGUGAUGAGAACAAAGUAAAAUGUUACUUUGAGGAUUAUGAGUCGAUCCAAUACCAAAUUUUCCAAACUACAUUUUACAGAAGAAUUGUACAACAGACAGAAAGGAAAAUUUCUCACAACAUCAUGGGAGAGAAAAGGCUACAACUUCUGAGACCCUGAGCUGAAGUCACUUUUAGGGUCUGACUGACAUACAGACUGCAGCCCAAGUUGUGAAAAUGUCAGCCAUUAUCAUCCUGUGUCCAUUUGAAAAUUCUGAUAAAUAAUCUUUUUGAUUUUAUUCAAGCAAUAAUUUUUUUCCUUUUUCUGUAUUUUCAUUCCCAAGUUUCCAUACAGGCAGCCAAUAGACAAUGAACCAACAAAAACACUAAGAAGUCUUGUGAAUUUAAGGAAAGACUCAUUAAGGCUUGUGAAGUAAGUAUGUUGCUCUCUUACAUAAUUUUUUAUUUUGCAUUUCAUGUACCUACUGGUGUUCCCGCUUGGAAAUUUAAAAUCAGGUUUUCAGUGCAUUUUUGUGUGAUCUUAUGUUAAUAAUAUUUGUUUUGAUAGAAGCUUAGAUCAAGAAAGCUAUGGAAUUGAGUUUGUUUUUGAUGCGGAUGUGAAGUGUGCAGUAGCAGUACAUUACAUGGCAACAGAAGACUUGUCCACAGGCUUAGCAAUGUAAGUUCAAAAGUUGGAUGGCAAGAAAUACUCUCUGCUGUCAAUCAAUGGUCUUCCAUGUAUGUCAUAUGAUCUUAGCUCAGAGAAUUUAGGAUCUAUUGUUAUGAAAAAUUUAACAUAAGGGCCAGUUAUUUACAGGAGGUCUAACCCAAACUGUGGUUUUACACAAGCUGAGGGUGUAGGGAUUCUCUAUAAGAGGGUUGAUUUAAUGAUAUAUAGAUUUAGCCAAGCCUAAAAACGGAGCUUGCAUUUUUUUUUCCCGCACGUCUCAAGGGCACAACACCUUACCCUGGCCAGGACUAGAACCCAGGUUGUCCAACUUGGAGCCUAGUGCACUGACCACUGGACUACUUGACAAAGCCGUGGCAUUGGUGUGCCCGCGGUACACUUGACCAUGCAUGUUAAAAGUAGCACCUUGUAUGGUUGUACAGUCAUACAGUUGUACAUCCAAAUUUUUUCAGCCUGAUGGGUUACUACUAUUUUGUAUAAUUAUGGGGCUAUGCAAGCUCCACUAUAAUAAAUGCCUUUUUCUUUUUAAUUGAGUAGCUUUCAGCCCUCUUGACACUGUUCACAAAAAGAAAUAUUCAGAUAAUAGGUUCAGCUAAAUUGAAGAUGGCUUAGAACACAAUUUUGUUAAACAACAGCUAACAUUUGCAUUGGUGGCCCUAAUUUUUGCAAAAUCUAGUUCCUUUUAACAUAUAUUUUUUGUCAAAAUCGCAAAAUUAAGGUUCUGCGUAACAUGCCCAUUCCAUUUUCUAAAAUUAAGUUAUUGCAAAAAUAAAUUACAAUAAGGUACUUGAACAGCAAGUUAAAUAUUUAGAGAAUGACACAUGGACGUGCGUGGAUAUGGAAUUUCUCUUUGAGUGUGUAACUCAAUAGCUUACGAGUGAGUGCAGCAAACAAGUGAGAUGUUGAAUUGAACAAGAGAAAUUUCCUAUACACAAGCAACCAUGUUUUAUUUUGUUUAUCAUAUAAAUACAAUAGCCCUUUACUAACAAGAAAAGUCAACUUUAUGAGUGAAAAUAAAAGUAUUGACAAUCCCCAAAUAAGAAUCAUAAAUUACAGUGGCACUAGGGCUCAAGAUGAAAAACUGCAUUGAAACACUAUGAAAACAAUGGGUGUAGUUUUCAAUAUACAAAAUUCUCAGUUAUUGACUUGGUCCUUGCCAACAGAAGAAAUCUUUCAGGUGCACGGCCAAAAUUGGUUUGUGUUAAAUCUUCUAGUUGUUGAUUUUCAUUCUCAGCUGCAAGAAUGCCAUUACCAAAGUUUCCCCUUCUAGGAAAGUUUGAAAAUCACUGUCUGUGAGCAAUACAAAUUUUUCAGUGUUUUAGCAGCCAUAGUGGUGAAGGCUUCACCAUUCAUUCGUCAAUCUAAACAAGUAGCCUGAAAGGCAAGUGACUUGUCAACAGCUGAUUGGUGAUAUCACAUUUGAAAAAAUAUUGUAUUUUUUCAUGUGUUGUUAUGGCUUUUCUUAGGGCUGGAAAUCCUUGUAUAACAUCAUAGUUUACAUGAUAAAACUGGUUACCAACUCUGAACAAGAACCCUACCUGGGUAGUAGACUUGUUUCAAUAUUAUGUGGUUUCUUUCAUUUCAGCUACACAUCACAAGAGCCACUCACAUCUUCACCAAAGACACACUUCCCAAAGGGAUCAGGUCAGGUGUAUAACAGUUCUCCUAAACACAAGAUCAGACCUAGUUUAUUUUCUGAGGAGGAGGUGAGUUGUUAUUAUCAUUGGCCAAGUUGUAAAUUAUCAAUGGACUGAUAACACAGACAAAAUUAUUUUUCUACACCAAAAUCACUGUAUCCUAUUUGCCAGGUAUUUGUAGGGUGGUGCUUUUGAAAUUGAGUUUAUUCUGAUAUCAGGGUCACCACCCUAGAAUUUACUGUGCAUUGACUCAUGAAACAGUGGUUUAAUUUUUCAAUAGAUUGAUAAUAUAAUUGAUGAGAUAAGACUGACAAAAUUAUUUUCUAUACCAUGAACACUGUAUGCUAUUUGCCAGAUAUUUGUAGGCUGGUGCAUGUGAUUCUGAGUUUAUUCUAAUUUCAGGGUCACUACCCUAGAAUUUACUGUGCAUUGACUUAUGAAGCAGUGGUAACAUAUACUCUUUAAGAAACCCUUUGAUCCCUAAGAGUAAACUGGCAUGUAAUUUCUCCCCUCGAUGUCAUCCCUUCAUCACACAUUAAGGUCGCUAGAAUAAAGGAAAUUGCACCAGUUUAAGAGGCUUCUGAUUUUCAAACAAAUUCUCCUUGUUAGCACCUUCAGAGAUAUAUGGAAAACAGUAUUGAGAAUAUGCACACCGGUGUGUUGGGGUGUUAAGGUCCAAGUGAAGAAGUUCUCUAUCAUUUCUCUCCAAACACUACUCAUAGAAAACUUAGGUAGAUGGGAACACUUCAUGUGUACUAUUAUAUUAUAGGUGUAAACUUUAAAAAAUUAACUGCAUGGCUUCCCCAGUGGCACAGGUACUGGCAAGGUGUGAGUGUGGUGCUACACUAAACAUGACUUAAAAUGUUUGUAAAUGCACUCAUAACUCACAUAAGCGUAUUUUUUCCUCCAUAUCAUCCCAUUGUCAUUUCUUAUCACAUUUUAUGAGCUAUAUGUACAUCUUUCUGUUAGCCUAGCGGGUAAAAGGUAUAGACUUCUGGAAAAAAGCCCUUACCGUAAUUUCAGGUCGUUUACCCGCAGGUAAUCUGUUGAUUUUGCAUUAAACACGUGCCACUGCGGAUAAUAGGGAGGUGCGGGUUAUGUGACAAUUUUAAAAUUUAGUGGUAGUUGAAUUGAAAAAAAUUAUCACCAACAUGCGUUUCCACCUUUCAAGUGAAUUUUUGUAUUAAGAGUGCCGCAAAGUGGCACGAAAACAUGAUGCCGACUAGAGUUUAUUUCACGCAUAAUUAGUUGCGCGACAAACAAAUUGAUAUCGGCACGUAUGAAAACAAAACCUUGAUGGUGACAAAAAUAAUCCAAAGAUAUCUGGCACAUCAGUAACAAAUUUCCAUUUAACACUAGCUUGAGCUAAACAGAAUUUUCCCGUUUUAAGGGACUUGUUAGGCCUAAUAGAACUGGAGAUAUGGUUUUUUUUUCAGAAAUCGCUGACAGUACUUUAUAAUUCAAGUUUUAAUACUCGCCCAGCUUUUUUUCAACAAAUCAACAUGGCGCUGAACGAUCGCUCGCACAAAAUGUGGCCACAAAUUUGCAUUCUGUAAAGUAUGAAACGUUGAGAUUUGGGCAUGGGCAGCUAGUGUUUUACUAUAUAAUCUUAUCAACAAAGUACUUGCUAAUAUUGACACAGAAUUGUGCACGCAUCUGAAUUUCUUUGACCUUUAAACUCAACAAAGACGCUUUCAAGUUUUCAAAAGUUGGAUCAGACAACUUUUAAAAGACAGAAAUGUAUCACCUUAAUGUCACAUUUUCGCCACCAAAAAGUUGAAUAACAUAACGUGCGGGUUAUCCACCAGUGCGGGUAACCUGUUGACUUUUUUUUUCACUCUAUGCAAUAAUCGGCCUGUGCAGGUAAUCGGCCGUGCAGGUAAACGACCAGAAAUUACGAUAGUAUUUGCAGUAGACUUUGAGUUUCUCUUUUCAGAUUGUCCUGUAUUCCCUUUUGUCUCCAGGGAGAAUUUGAUGUUACAUCAGAAGUCACCUAAGGCUCUAUGCUAUGUAUUCCUUCAAUUAGUGGUUUUUUUUUUUUAAGUAAAAUUUAAUGUGAAAUUCUAGUAGUUGAAUGUUUGAUGUUAAAACAUAACUUAUAGGGUUUUUUUUAAUUUAAUCUUAUCAGUAUUUUUUGUUCUCUUAUAUUUGAUUAUUAAUAUAAAUUUUUUACUUUUCUUUUACCCUAGUUGAACUAUUCCCCUCUUAAUCAUCCACGCAUCCCAGUCGUGAUUCAAAUUGAUGCAGAUGAGGAAGGUAUGAUCAAGAUUGUAUUAAAUAUAUUCAAAUGUUUUAAUGAUCAGAUAAAAGUCUGUCAAUUAAAGGCUUAAUCCUAGCAGAGGAACUGAAAUUUUUAGCAAUUGCAGAAGAGAAGCCCAAAGAAAAUUCAGGCUCUGUUAGGAUUUGAACCUGUUCCACCCUGAUACUGGUUGGGUGCUAAGUACCAACUGAACUACAAAGCCACAUGUUGAGAGCUAGACAAAUUUUAGAGGGUUCUUCUUAGAUUGUGGUCUAACACUAGAAGUUUAGUUCACUUUACUGAGGCACUUCAGACAAGGCCUGAGUUUAAAAUUUGGCAUCAUUUGUCUCGACUGACAAUUUCCAGUUUCAGCUCUAAGUGCAAGUGUCACAACAAGUGUUCCUGUCUGCCUUGAGAACUAGUGGAGAAAUUAUGGGCAAACACUUUGGGAAAGGGGAAACAUUUUUCACAUGCUUUUCAAUUGUUUUUCAAAUGCCUUUCUCAUGGCAAAUUUCGCAUUCAUAAGGAAUUUUCUGGAUUCGAAAAUGGUAUUGAUUAUGAGCACCUUAGAACAUGGAGAUAUACAUCUAGUUUAUUACUAAAUCUAAUUUAUUACUAUUGCUGUUUCAGCUUUGAUUUGUUCUUUUGAUCAUGAAUGGCUGACCCUUUAGUGUUCGCUUUUUUUCUUGUGUACAGUCAAUGUGUUGUUUCCUAUCAGGGGAUUGGAAUUUUUAUUACUAUCAUCCAAUGAUAAAUUUAUUUCCAGGAUGAUAAUUACUAUUAUUAUUAUUUACUUGUUAUGAUACUUCUCAUGACUUCUUUCUCUCUUCCCUGAGUAGUGUUGGAUCAAUAAUUUCAUAUAUCUUUUGUUCACAGAAUAUCUGGGUCAUUCUAACAUCACACUAGCAACAUUUGAAAAAAUGUCUGAUGGAUCAUACAUCAUAAAGCCUAUUAAACAGAAGCAGAUGGUAUGAGAGCUUUUAUCUUGAACAAAUCUAUGUUUACAGGCACUUUACAAGCCAUGUUCAUGAACCUUGUGGAUUUCUUUUUUCAAUCUACAUUGUAUUUUGAAAUGAUUAAAAAAUUCUUAAAUUUGAGGGGGAAAUGUUCAUUAUUUGUCUUCUACUUUUAAAAGGUUGAUGGUCUCUGUUACCUUCUCCAAGAAAUAUAUGGAAUUGAAAACAAAAUUAAUUUAAAAAGUGCAAAGGUUAGUGUCUAAUAAUUGUCUGUUUGUGUUCACUCUAUGGGUUUUUAAAUAAAUGACAUUCACAUUUUUUAGUCUUGAUCCUGUGACUUUUGUGUGACUUUUUCAUUCAUACUGCACUUUGAUAUUACCAUGAUCUGUUUCUUAACAAAAUAUUUUUACGGGGACUGUCUUACAAUUGAAGGUCGGCAAAAGGCGACUUUAAGAAAAAAUUGUGCACAGAGCCCAGUCAGAAUUGUAUGGCAGACAGCAAGGAGAAAAUUUUACUAAUAAGAUCACAGGAGUGAAAAGGUUAAAGUCUCCCCUCCCUUCCUGAUGCUUUUUGUUUUUAAUGUUCAAACAUUUUUGACAGGAUGAAGAUAACGAGUUAGAAGAAACUGGUUUGGAGUGUGUCAUUUGCAUGAGUGACAUGCGAGAUACCUUGAUCCUACCCUGCAGACAUCUGUGUCUUUGUAGAGACUGUGGUAGGUUGACUCUUGUUGCAUUUCUUGAUUUCGUAUUCAGGAGAUUUACCAUGCCACGAUUAUCAGUUGAGUGAACUUAACAUUAAGGUCAUAAGGAUAAAGGAAAUGAUCACAUGCAAAAGAAGUUCUUGAUUGUUUGAGAAAUUAUCUUUGUCAGCACUUCAAGAAAUCUAUGGAGAACAUUAUGGAGAAAAUGCACAUUGAUAUCAAGGUGUAAAGGGUUAAGAGCUUUGAGUACCUUGGAUACUACUGUUCAAUUUUGCAAUUUAUUUGCAGAAAAGUAAACUGCUGCUUCAGUCAUUUUAACCUUUUUUUUUUGCAAUACUUUCAGCUGAAUCACUAAGAUUUCAAGCAAGUAACUGCCCGAUUUGCAGAUCACGUAGGUGGCUCUUCAGUGUUUGUAGAUAAUACAGUAGAACAACCACAUAGUGCUACUAAGGUAGCAAACAUGUAUUAACUGCAUGAUAAGAAUUAAAAAGCUUUAUGAUUUCAUGUAGUUGCUUUUUAGAAAGGAAAGUGAUAUCAGGUUGAAAUCUUGGAUAUUAUAAGUAUUAACCCAAUACUCCCAAACUCAAAAUCUAAAUUCUUUGCACUGUCAGACAAGGUCUGUUUCAAUACAAUUCCUAAGGGAUUGCUGAAUUCUUGAUUAUUUUCCAGUAGCCUUGUGUUGUAAUCAUAUGUUACUCUUUUACCCACAGCAUUUCAUGCCUUGCUACAGAUCUGCGCCUAUAUCAAGAAGCAAAAUGGCCCAAAUUCUCAGGUAUGAUACACUGAAAAUGCCAAACUUCAGGGACAGUUUUGUUGAUUGAUAAGCUAGAUAGAUGUCAAUGGGAUUUUCUAAUAAUGUUUCCCCUUAACCAAGCUGUUGUGGGAGAAGGAAUGGGUGGGUGGAGGAAAAAGGGUCACAUGCCCAUGAAGAUCUUCCCUCCCCACCAUCAGCCAUUCCCUUGGGACAUUUUGUGCUGCCUUCAUUCAAAGGGGAAAUGGUGCAGGCAAAGGAAACAUCAAUUCAUUUUCUACACAUUUACCCCCCAUUAUGUAUGUAGAAAUCACCUAUCAUGUUGCUCAGUCCUCGGUUCAUGACUCAAAUCCUUAGAAAAUUUAAGAAUAUUAGUAACCAGGCAUUAUUUAUUCAAUUUUCAAUAGUCCUCCCUUUAUACUCUGUUGCUGUAGACUCUUCCCCUCUCUCCUCCAUUUCCCCUGAAAACCAGGUGAUCCCCCCCAAAAUCCUCCAAACCAACCCCCCUCCCCAUAAAAUAUGAGAAGUGGCAAACCCAUGGGAUAGAGUCAGUCAAGCUCAUGACGUGCUUAGUAAUUUAAGUGUAAACCCUUUAACUCUCAAGAUCUCAUUAGUAUUUCUCCUUACUGUCUGCCAAGUGAUUCUCACUAUGUUAGUGUGGAGAAUUUGGUAUCGGAUCAAUUAGUAAUUCCAUAAUUGAUAUUUUUCUUUAUUCUCAUCACUUGUCUGCAUGAUAUUAUACAGAUAUAGUAAGGAGAAAUUCUGUCUUGGUCACUCAAGGGAAUUUAAGGGUUAUUUUGUUACAGGAAGUGAUAUAUUGAUUGUAGUUCCAUGUUUUGCAUCUCUCAAAUCAGGAAACUCAUGGAGAGAGCGCCUGGCCUGGAUAUGAAGAGAUUCCUCUUGUAGAAGCACUAAAUGGAACAAUUAAACCAGACAAUAUACCAGAAGGUACUGGUUUGAUAUUUUAAAAUUAUUUAAAUUAAAAAUUGCAAGAGAUGAAAAAUUAUGUAAUUUCAUAUGUAGGCGUCGCCCGAGGGACUAUGGGACUAUGGGAGUAUGGGUUCACGGCGCGAAUUUAUGAAGUUAAUCUCAGCGCGGAGUAAAACAAAAUCACAAGUCUCUGGAUUACAGAACUGCUUUUAAAACAUGUAACUUGAAAUUGCCUUAAUUUUGUUUUAUUGCUGAGAUUUGUUGAAAGAAAAAAAUAUAUAUCCCACUUAUCCAUGAGCCACGGUCGCUGUGCCGCUUUCCUUGAAUCCUCAUUGGUUCGCUGAUUUGUCCACGUUUAUUCUAAUUGGCCGGUUUCUUUGAGUUCAAACCAACUCACAUUGUAAGAAGAUAUGGCUUGAAUUAAUGGUCAUGGGCAAAUAGAGGGAUCGACAGGAAACCCAAGCGAUCCUGUUCAAACAGCGGUUUCAACUUUCUUCCACGUACUUCAACCAUCACUAUUAUUCUGUGUAUUUCAUCAUUACAGAAGCUGUUGCACGUAUGCGUCGAAGAUCAGCGUCAAGCAUUCGAUCCUCGGGCAGAAGGAGAGUCGAGAGUGCUCGCGGUCAGCGGUAUGUUGAGAGAUCUCUUUCAGCAUGUUCAGGGAUGUCGCGUCCCAGCACAGCCCCUGCGAGCAGAGGCAGAAUUGAACAAGUAGGGGAACCUGUAAGAGUUGAGCGAAUUCAACGACAGGAGGCUACAUUAGAGUCAAAAGACGAGGUCGCGCCGAUUAAUGGUGCAGAAAUUGAAGAAGCUACUUCGGUGCACGAGGAGGAACAAGGUGAUUACAGUACAGUAAAAUGUUUGAACCCACCCAGUGGUAAUGUGAUCGUGUAGUCUGAUAGUCCAGACGGGGUAGUCCUGACAAGGACUUUUAAUAGUGGUGACUGAGGUCUCGAAAACCUGACCGGGAGUCCUAAUUAGAAUCAAGUGAAGACUUUUUGUCCGUGAAGUGUACUAAGUCCGAUUCGUGUAAACUGAUUGGUCUGAUAUAUCAGUUUACACGAACCGGACUUAAUACAUUUAAUUAAGAGCGUAUGACUGAGCGAACCUGUUUAUGUUCCUCUUCAGUCGUAAGCCCUGUAAUGACAAAGGAAGCAGAACAGUUUGAAGACGCACAGGACCUCCAAGUUCACGUCGACGUAUCCUUACCCGGCACACCGCUGAGUAGUGAUAUCAGUGGGCGCAGCAGCCUAAGUGCCGGGAGCGCGUCAGCGACCACGCCGACUUACAUCCGGUUAGAGGAAGGAACAGGGGAGGCUUCCGUUACCGUACUACCUACAUAAUUGUUUGUAAAACUUAAUACGAUGUGGUGAAGUAGCAUACAUCUUAAAAGGUAGUAUGUGCUUCAACUGAAACAGUGGAACAAAUUUCAACUGAUGUUGCAAAUAGUGCAAAAUUGCAUCGGCUAUUUCCAUGUGACUUACGUCGCUCUGCUCAUUUCAAAUCUUAAACCAAAUCGUUUUCCCGCGCUGGCUGUAAUGGCAUAUGAUGGUUUUGCCUUUUUUUUAUCUCUAGACUCAGUUGAAAAGCGCUCUAAAUGGCAGCUUUGUCUGAUCUUAUUCCCUGUAGACCCCUUGUUAUGAUCAAUAGUAACGUUUGUCAGCAAUGAACUGCGACGCAGUUUAAUAUGUUGCUAAUGAAAAAAUGGCUGAACUCACAAGUUAGUGCCAAGUUAAUUUUCAGUAUGCGUUUACCCAACUAAUACAGCCUUGAGGCGACAGCACUCCAAAGAGGCCCGCCUUCUCUUCCGGUUGGCCUCAUUCAUGGGGGGAAAUAACCACAGCUCGUUGUAACCGACGAGGCAAUAGUCAAGGAAAAAAAAUUGUAUUUAAAUUGAAUGUCAUGUAUCACAGAAUACAGCAUCAUUUUCGCGAGAUACCUUUUUCAGUUUUCGGCGCAUUUUUUAUUAUCGGUUAUUUUUCAUGGCUAGAGUAAUGACUUUCAAGAAUUGUAAGGUGCGCGGAAAUUUUAACUUCAAAAUGAGGUCUGGAGGCAUAUAAGAUUUACACAUGGGAUAAAACAUUGCAUGAAGAGCAUUUGAGAAAAUUCCUCGGAGUCUAAAUCCGCCAUGAGCCUAAAGAAAUAAGUUAUGUGAAAUUGCGACUUUUGAGAUAUAAAUUGAGUUCAAUGAAUUUUAAACUUAAUAGUUACCUAGGGUGACUAGUUGUAAACAAAUAUCAGAUUUUCUCUCCAUUAUUCCGUACGAAAGUUUCGUUGGGGCAUGUUUCUGUCUUGUUUAACCCUUUCACACCAAACAGUGACCAGCAUCUAAUUUCUCCCUCGAAUAUCAUCACUAAGGUUAUGAGAAUGAAGGAAAUGAUCACUUAAGAAGCUUUUGAUUGUAAAACAAAUUCUCCUUGUCAGUACCUCAGGAAAUUUUUAGAGAACAGUAUGGAGCAUAUGCAUACUGAUGGCAGGGUGUAAAGGGUUAGGAGACUGACGGAACCUUCCCCAAGGAAACUUCAGAAGAACAAUUGGGUUCUAUUUGUAUUUAUUGAUGGCAUGCGCACUUAACAUUAUGAAUGUACUUUCUUCAGAUUUAUUUCGAUUUACCACUUUUUGACCGAUUUUGUAUCAAAGAUAACUUUUGUACAUUGCUCUCUCUAGAUGUUUCAAUUGAGUCAGUGUUAACGCGGGUCACAGAGAUUUUCUUUUAAGAAUUGAAAAUUCUUGCCACGGUGUUUGAGCGCGCUCUCUGAAUAUAGAUCUGAGGCUCGCCUUCGGGCAUUUCAUCACAUUUUUAAAAAACAAACGAUUGUGUACCUUUAUUAAUCAAAGUACAUUGAAAAGCAGCAUGAGUUAUAAAUGAUAAAUCUCCAAUCUUUCCCAACAUGUUUUCGUGUACUUAGAACAUGUUCAAAUCAAAUAAACUUGUA